AUGUUCUUAGUUUUCAUGCUUUGCCUGAUCCUCGCUGCAGCCGAAACUCGUAAAGAUGAGUACAUUUGCUCACUAUGCACCGGGUCGGGGAGGCAGUGCGUCUUAGAAAAUGGUCAAACGUCCUGCGGUGAGCCACUUCUGAGCAGGAAGAAGCGGAACGCACUGAUCAGACCGCCGGGAAACAACGAUAAAUUCCUGAAAAAUGAUGAUAUUCUGGCUUCUUAUCGCCUUUUUGGUUGUCGAUAUUUAUCCGCGACAAUUUGGAAAGUGCCCAGAAUGCGACGGUCCAGACCAACGCUGCGUCCG